GCACGAGCCGGCAGGCUGUUAGGUUGGGGACUGGAGCGGGGCGCAGGAAGACCCGGCGCCAUGGUGGAGAAGGAGGAGGCUGGUGGCGGUAUCAGCGAGGAGGAGGCAGCGCAGUAUGACCGGCAGAUCCGCCUGUGGGGACUGGAGGCUCAGAAACGGCUUCGGGCCUCCCGUGUGCUGCUUGUCGGUAUGAAAGGACUUGGAGCUGAAAUUGCCAAGAAUCUCAUCUUGGCAGGAGUGAAGGGACUGACCAUGCUGGAUCAUGAACAGGUAUCUCCAGAUGACCCUGGAGCUCAGUUCCUGAUUCGGAUUGGAUCCAUUGGCCGAAAUAGAGCUGAAGCCUCUUUAGAGAGAGCUCAGAAUCUCAACCCCAUGGUGGACGUGAAAGUGGACACUGAGGACAUAGAAAAGAAGCCUGAGUCAUUUUUCACUCAAUUUGAUGCUGUGUGCCUGACAUGCUGCUCCAGGGAUGUCAUAGUUAAAGUUGACCAGAUCUGUCACAAAAACAGCAUCAAAUUCUUCACAGGAGAUGUUUUUGGCUACCAUGGCUACACAUUUGCCAAUCUUGGAGAGCAUGAGUUUGUAGAGGAGAAAACCAAAGUUGCCAAAGUUAGCCAAGGGGUGGAAGAUGGACCUGACACCAAGAGAGCAAAACUUGAUUCAUCUGAGACUACAAUGGUCAAAAAGAAGGUGGUUUUCUGCCCUGUAAAAGAGGCGCUGGAGGUGGACUGGAGCAGUGAGAAAGCGAAGGCCGCCCUGAAGCGCACGACCUCUGAUUACUUUCUCCUGCAAGUGCUCAUGAAAUUCCGCACAGAUAAAGGAAGAGAUCCUAGUUCUGAUACCUAUGGGGAAGAUGCAGACUUGUUGCUUCACAUUCGAAAUGAUGUGCUUGACUCACUGGGUGUGAGUCCUGACCUGCUUCCCGACGACUUUGUCAGGUACUGCUUCUCCGAGAUGGCCCCAGUGUGUGCGGUGGUUGGAGGAAUCUUGGCACAGGAAAUUGUGAAGGCCCUGUCACAGAGGGAUCCUCCUCACAACAACUUCUUCUUCUUUGAUGGCAUGAAGGGGAAUGGGAUUGUGGAGUGCCUGGGCCCGAAGUGAGCCACACCAUGGCGGCGUCAGCAGCUCUGAGGGACCUGACACCCCCUGCCCAGGAGUCUCUUGUCACCUUCUUGGACCUGUUCUCCACCUGAUGUCCUAGAGAGGAGUGUGGCUUCAGGUGGGGAGUGAGGCCUGAGUCUUGUUCCCAGGAGACCCCUGGUAGCCUUCGAGGGCAGACAGGUGUCUUGAGGGGCCGCCUGGUGAGUGGAAUGUCCUUUCUCCAGAGCUGGGCCUCCUGGAGAACAACAGGUGGCC